AUGGCUUGCCAUUCCAAUGAUGCUAAAACAGUUGUUAAGUUUUUACAAAAGCACAUAUUCACUAGAUUUGGUACACCUCGUGCCUUAAUUAGUGAUGAAGGCACUCACUUCAUAAACAACAUGUUAGAAGAAGUUCUUGAUAAGUAUGACAUCAAGCAUAGGGUAGCAACUGCCUACCAUCCUCAGAUCAACGGAUUAGCUGAAUUGUCAAAUAGGGAGAUAAAAGGGAUUUUGGCCAAAGUAGUCAAGCCACAUAGAAAGGAUUGGGCCUCUAAGUUAGAUGAUGYDUURUGGGCCUACCGGACUGCUUACAAAACCCCUAUUGGUAUGUCUCCCUAUAAAUUGGUCUUUAGAAAAGCUUGUCAUUUACGUGUGGAAUUAGAGCACAAAGCCUAUUGGGUCAUUAAGGAACUCAACAUGAGUUUAGAUGAGGCCGGAAGAAAAAGGACUUUGCAACUUUGUGAAUUGGAAGAGCAUAGGAAUUUUUUCUAUGAAAAUGCUAAGCUAUACAAAGAAAAUGCCAAAAAAUGGCAUGAUAAAAAGAUUCUUCCAAAAGAGUUCACAGAAGGCCAAAAAGUCCUAUUGUUUAAUUCAAGUGCUAGUGAGGAGGAACCCAUUGAUGCCAUUCCCUUGAGGCAGGUUUCAUUUGCCAAAUCAACACCUCAACCACCCACUCAAAAUCAAACUCAACCCCAAAGGGUUGUGAAGACUGAACCACAACCACCUUCACAGCCACAAUAUCAAGCUACCCUCAGAAUGACCAGAAGUAGAGCUAGGGGCCUUACCAAUUUCAAGCCAGUAAAGCAGAAGAAGGGCACUGUGAUUGCACUAUCUGAUGAUAAUGAUUCACCACCAGAGAAACCUGCUGCUCCAGCCAGUGCAUCCAGAUCAACAAAAGAGGAUUCUACCUCUUUAAACACCCUGGCAGAGGCAGCUACAUAA